GUACCGGAUCUUUGCUUUUGAUCAUGACCUCUUUAGCUUUGCAGAUUUGACUUUUGGCAAGUGGCCUGUGGUUCUUAUCACUAAUCCUAAAUCACUGCUCUAUACUUGUGCUAAACAUGAACCACUAGAAAGAAUCCUUCACUCAACACACAUCAGAGUCUUGGCCUUUUCCCUAUCCUCUAUUACUUCUGUCACUGUUAAGAUUGAUGGAGUUAACUUAGGACAGGCUGUUCAUUUGUCUGGUCCUAUUUUCAUACUGAAGUGGAAUCCCAGAAACUACAGUAAUGAGACACAUAAUAUAGAAGUAAUAGUCCAGGAUUCUGCUGGAAGAAGUAAGAAGGUUCACCACAUAUUUUCUGUUCAAGAGAACAUUCAUCUCACAUUUGAUCCCCUGGCAUCAUUUAUUCUCCUUACUGACCACUACAUUGUGGCCCGAGUCUUCUUUGUGCUGAUUGUACUGAUCCAGCUCACCACUCUCAUCACUUUUAGGUAUCUGGCAUACCCAGAACUAAAAGGACCAUGGUUUUUUGGUGAAAUCAUUGAUGGCAAAUUGGGUUGCUGUUUUUCCUUUGGAAUAUUUGUUAAUGGACAUUUUCUACAAGGCAGUCUAACAUUUAUAGUUGGAAUUUUACAGCUGGUGUUUUUUAACAUCCCCUUGAUGGCUUACCUGUGUUGGAGCCUGCUUCAACGGUGCUUUGGUCACAACUUCAGGUCUCAUCUCCACCAAGGAAACUACUUGAAAAUUAUACCUGUUCAUCUACUUAUGCUACUGCUGUACAUCUGGCAGGUUUAUUCCUGCUAUUUUCUUCAUGUGACAUUUGGCACCCUAGCUCUUUUAUUCUCCCCUUUGCGGGUCUGGUUGACAUUGCUGACGCCUGUACUCAUUCGUUGUGCGUGGACACUGAACCCCACCAAGUUUGGAACCUUUGCAGUACAGUUAAAAAGCCAUCUGAGCGCCUGAGGCCAUGUCCCACCAGUUGCGGAUGGGCAGACGUCCAGCUUCUGCAUCUGUGUAGCUCAGGUCCCUGCUCUGGUAGCAGAUGGAAGGCCAGUAUCAGUGGGCUAGCUUCAGGGAGCUACUGCUCCUUGGACAUCUGGAUGCUGGCAGGAUUACUACUCAUUCCUGCGGAGUGGACUGAGGAAAAUAUAAAUAAUGACUUGAUUGCUUUCUUCUCUAAGGAGGCAAAGAUGGCCCUAAUCAAGAUCCACAGGGUAGAGGCUGGGUGUGUCGCUGGGAGUAACUCAGGCCCCUUCCGUGCCUCGGCAGCUGUCAAGGAUGCCAUUUUAGGUAUAGGGAAGCUGUGUGUACUUGAGAUAAUAGUUCCCAGCCUCGUUUUCCCAGAAUGUUAUGGGCUUUCUGCCUCCCUAGUCGGAGGUGUUUUCAACUAAUCAAAUAAAUGAAUGAAUGAUGAGUAAAAUGUUUCUCUGUUACUGGGAGUGC